CUCGCAGCUCCACCUCCUCUUCUUCCUUCCUCAGAGAAGUUCACUUAUACGAUUGGUGGUUGACUAAAGCCGAGGAUGAUGCUGGAGGCAAGCAAUUGGCUGUUGAAGGUUUCACUUGUAAAGAGUAAAUUCUACCCUCUUCUUCAAUUUCCUUGUUAUUUGUAAAAACAUGUUAACAGUUUCUACUUUAUUAGAAGUUAGUUUUUAGAGCAGCACUUAAUCUUAUCAAUCAAUAAAUCAAUCCGUCAAUCAACCAGGCUUAAUCCCAAACUACUGUGGUCGGACUAUGAAUCCUCUUUAUUGAUUCCACUCCUGGCUAAUUCAAUUCAUGUGCUACUUGCACUAUCUUUCGGGGCAUUUCUAAUCUUAUUUACUUUAAUAUGACCAAAAAUUCAUUUUAAAAUCCACAUUUCUACUACACUUAUUUUGUGGAUAUGUUGGAUCUUAGAGGCGCAUUAUUCACUUCUUUAUAACACUGCUUAACCUCAUAACCAUUUUAUAACAUGCUUUUAUUUUUGUUAAAAUUUAAUCAAGACGCAGAUGAUAUGUGGAUUUCAAAGUUUUGCUUUGAUUGUCUCUCAAGUAGCCACGCAAAUUCUUAUGAUCUUUUCCAUGUUUUUUCCAUUGAUCAGGUAAGAAACACGGUUCGAGAAAUGUUCUUUUACAUGGAUUGUUUUCCAAGUUGCAUUCAUAAGCUUUUAGAACCUUUUCUGGAAGGGCGACCAGAUGAUAGACUUUUCACCUCCGCAGCAAUUACAAAGAGGCAUGAUACUGUCACUUUAGUGACAGUGGAUGGCAUCACCAUUCUUGUUAGCGGUUUAAUAAAUAGGGCUCGGACUCUUCAAAAUGGGUUCUCGUCAGAGGUUUGCAACCAGUUCCUUAUUGGAUUUCCUUACAACUGGAAAGAAUCGGCUGCUCUACCAUUUGGAGAAUCAACCAAUGAAGAUACAGCCUUUGGACUUCCUGGUUUCUCGGAGUCAAAGGCAUCAGCUGAUCGCACAAGUAGCUCCUUCUCUAUGCCUAUUGAUCAUCUUACCGCCACUGUUUUACGAGAUAUCUUAAUAUCGAGUGCUGGUAAUCUAGAAGGUGGGAUGCUAAGAAAUAGUAUUUUUCGUGAAAUAGUGCAGAAAUAUGGCACCAAUGCUUUUAAUAUUGGUGAAGCCUCUUGUUUGAACCAAAAAAGUAGUAAUCAGGUCACAACCGAAGAUCCUUCUUUGAAUGAAAAUCCUAUUCAAAAGAUGAAAGCUAAAACUAACUGGAAGCAAGAGGAUAGCUGUACACCAGAUGCAAAAUCUGGAAAAGAAGACUUUCAGCAAGCUACUCCGGAGGAUAUACCAGAAAAGAGUGUUUUGAGUAGAAUGCUACAUAAAAGUGGUGACAAUGCUUCUAUCCUUGGUGAAAAUUCUUGUUUGAACCAAAAAAGUGGUACUCAACUCAUAAGCAGAAGUCUUUUACUGGAUGAAACUGCUUAUCAAAAGAAGAAAGCUGCAGCUAAUUUGAAGAAUGAAGAUGAUAACCAUGUGCCCGAUGCACAAAGUAGAAAAGAAGUGCUUCAGAAAUGUAAUGAUGAGAGUGGAGCUGGCAUUGAUAACAAUAGCUCAAGUAGCAAUCCUUUCACAAGAAGUAAAGAUACCCUAUAUAAGAAAAUCACAGUUAACCAGAAGGAAGAAGAAAAGAGAGAUGUGCAUAAAGUAGAAUUUUUACUAGGAGAUUUUGAGAUACUUAACCAUGCCACUAGCUCGAAUAAUGGUCCAUUGACAAGAAGUAGAGCUCAAAAACAAGUUUAAGCAACAAGUUCAAGAAGGAAAUAGAUUUUUGUGAAAGGUGUUAUCGGAGUUCCGUUGUGCAGAUUAACUACCUCUGAAUAGUAAUGGAAUUUCCAUAAAUCAUAGUGUUUGUAGAUUUAUCGCCAUGUUGUUGUAGUCCAUAAGGGAGACCGGGGAACCAUUCUUGUUCAAAUUUUGAAGUUUAUGUUUUGUUUUGUCAAUCUAGCAUUUCAAUUUUUCUUUUUUGUGUUCCUCUUAAGAAGAUGGUGAUCGUGCUUGGACCAAGAGGUAUUAAGAAGAUUAAGCAGUUUCAUCUUGUGACAGGGUACUUCAAUGCUGAUGCUGUAUUUUGCACUUUGUCAAAGUUAGGUUAUUAAAAGAAUAGCAGUUACUUUCACUCUGUGAAGAAGUAAAUGAUAUAGAACAAUUGAGGGAUCUAUAUUUCAAUGAGAUAUUUGUACUACUCAUCUAUUGACCAUACUUCGAGUUUUUGCUAGAACGUUUCUUGAAAUUUACCACAACAUUAGAUAUGCCCUAAAAGAAAAUCAAUCUAUGUAUUGAUUUUGGGUCAUAGUUAGGAAGCUAAGUGAAGGUUACCAAGUUUGAAAGUAGGUAAAUUAGACGAGCAAUGUUGUGAACCAAGUUGACUUCAUAAGGGCCUAUAGGCUAGAAGAGAUAAAUGAGACUGGGUCAAUUGAGAUUAUUGGAUCGAGUAAAAUGUUGGAGAAUUAUAUAUGGGAUCUAGGCCCAGUUAGAAAGUGGAUAAAAAGGACUACAAGGACUAGGAGGUUAGAAAGAAGGAAUAUGUGAAUUAUGUUGAAGCUUGGCUCGGCUCAUCUUCUGGUUUUGUAUCUCAUCCUUUUUCUUCUUAGCUUCCUGUUGCAGUUUCUUUUCUCAUCUCGUCUCUAUUUCUUAAGUGUUAUUUUCUAUUGUUCUAUGAACAUUUGGUUAUUGUAAUUUCGUUUGGUGAAUUAAUACCAUCAGUUGAUUUGGGUGUAAUCUCUGGUUUGUUACAUUGGUGCUUUCACUGAUUAGUACUCCAAUGACAGUAUUAUUAGAUCGAUUCAGCGGUGGUGACCCAGCGGGUUGGAUUUUUUGGGCCGAACGGUAUUUCAACUUUCGUGGUUUCUCAGAGAAGUACUGGUUAUCUUUGGCUUACCUCUACCUUGAUGGCGCUGCACUUUCUUGGUUUGAUUGGUUGUAUCGGAACAACCAGUUUUGGGAUUGGAAGCAUUUUAAAGAGAAAUUAGUAAUGCGCUUUCAGAAACGAACCUUUGCCAAUUCUGUGGAGCGUCUAGCCUAUCUUUCACAGACACGUUUUCAAUAUGUACAUUUCGAGACUAUGGUUCCUCUUAAACCUCAGGGCCCUAUCGUUGCUCCUCUACAUAAUAGCUUCAAUUCUUCUGAUUUAGACGAUGGAGUAGAUACAGAUGCUUUGGAGGCCAAGUUGCAGGGGUCCCAGACAGAUACAUCUUUGGGAUCAAAGGAUGAGUUUGUAGCGAAGGAUAGGGAGGACUCUAAGUUGUCUGUAACAGCCAAAUCCGCUCCUGUCUCUCAAGAUGUCGUUUCGGAGCUUGUCGAGUCUGUUAAGAGCUCGUCAGCAACUUUCGAGCACCAAGUGUUUGAUAAAAUUUCUCAUAGAGCCGAGAUAAUUUUACCAGAGUUAUCCCUUAUAGAAAAUGACUCGGAGAAUAUUAGUCCGGUUUUCAACAAAAAUCUGGAGUCUGAGACUGAAUUAUGCAUGCAUCACAGUCUAAUAAUUGGUGACUAUGGAAUUUCUCUGGUCAUUAAGGAUGGAGACGGUUACAAAGUCACUUAUGGAGAUGAAGAGAACUCACACACUGGUGUGUGCCAGGCGUUUGAUAAUUAUUCUCAAAAAGCCAGAGAAUUUUUGUUUAACAGUGCAGUGCUCUACUCACUUUGGGAAAGGAGUGACCCCUUGAUUUUGGAUGGAACCCGAUUGAUGCACAAGCAUAUAUUCAUACACUUUCCAUUUGAUCCUGGAAUUGAUAUUGAAGAAAGAGGGAGUAAAAAUGGCAUCACAGAUACUGCUAGCUGUGAAUUGCUAUUGAAAUGUAUAGCAAAUGUCUCUUGCAUUGCUGAGAAUGUUCCUGGGACAACUAAUAGUGCUGCUAAGCUCAGACAAAUGACUUAUGGAAGCUUGAGUGACACCGUUAGGAGCUUUGCUGUUUUGGACACAUCUCAAAUUGUCACACUUCUUUGCCAUGUUAUUUGGAAUACAUUUAUUGUUCUUCUGAAGCUAAGCAAUAAAGAUGAACCCAAGCCUAAACUCCAAGCUACCAACCAAAUUAUUAUAUUAUUCCUAAAAGUUUCUGCCUAUCGUAGCCCAUGUGUUUAUAAUACUCUAAAUUGACCAACGAGAUUUACUUGCUUGAACCUUGAGGACAAGGUUCUUUUUGAGGGCGAGAGUAUUGUUGUGAACCAAGUUGACUCCAUAAGCGCCUAUAUGCUAGAAGAGAUAAAUGAGACUGGGUCAAUUGAGAUUGUUGGGCCGAGUAAAAUGUUGGAGAAUUAUAUAUGGGAUCCAGGCCCAGUUAGAAAGUGGAUAAAAAGGACUACGAGGUUAGAAAGAAGGAAUAUGCGAAUUAUGUUGAAGCUUCAGCUCAAGUCUGUGUUUCUCAUCUCAUCUUCUAAUUCUGUAUCUCAUCCCCUUUCUUCUUAGCUUCCUGUUGCAGUUUCUUUUCUCUUCUCGUCUAUAGAGAGUUAAGUGUUAUUUUCUAUUGUUCUAUGAACAUUUGGUUAUUGUAAUUUCGUUUGAUGAAUUAAUACCAUCAGUUGAUUUGGGUG